ACUUCACACAGAACUGCAAAGUGGCACAAGAAAGAAGCAGCCAGUGACGCAAGGAGUCAGACACGGACACUGAAACCAUUGCCUCACAAAACACAAGGCCUUUCAAGACUAAUCUUUUGAUGAAAAGAAACCUGGAAGUCAUGGGUGCUUCUCGACUUCUCCCUGCUCUCACUCUUGUGCUUCUCCUGUUUAAAGGAAGUAGAGCCUGGUCUUACAAUGCCUCCACAGAAAUCAUGACCUUUGAUGAAGCUAGUGCUUACUGCCAGCAACACUACACACAUCUGGUCGCAAUUCAAAACCAGGAAGAGAUUGAAUACCUGAACUCCAUCUUGAGCUAUUCACCAACUUACUACUGGAUUGGAAUUAGAAAGGUCAAUGAUACCUGGACCUGGAUAGGGACCCAGAAACCUCUGACUGAAGAAGCCAAGAACUGGGCUCCUGGUGAACCGAACAACAAGCAAAACAAUGAGGACUGCGUGGAGAUCUACAUCAAGAGAGACAAGGACACGGGCAAGUGGAAUGAUGAGAGAUGUAGCAAAAAGAAGCUGGCCUUAUGUUACACAGCUGCAUGUAACCCUACAUCCUGCAGUGGCCAUGGUGAGUGUGUGGAGACCGUCAACAACUACAUGUGCGAGUGCUACCCUGGCUUCCGGGGACUCGGGUGUGAGCAAGUGGUGACCUGUCAAGCUCAGGAAGACCCCGAGCAUGGAAGCCUGGUUUGCACCCACCCUCUGGGGACCUUCAGCUACAAUUCUUUCUGCUCUGUCAGCUGCGAAGAGGGCUACCUCCCAAGCAGCACAGAGGCCAUACAGUGCACUUCCACGGGAGAAUGGAGCGCCCCUACUCCUGCCUGCAAUGUAGUUGAAUGUGAUGCUCUGACAAAUCCAACCAAUGGAGUCAUGGACUGUUCCCAAAGCUCUGGAAACUUCCCAUGGAACACAACUUGUGACUUUGAGUGUGAAGAAGGAUUUGAACUAAUGGGAUCCCAGCACCUCCAGUGUACCUCAUCCGGGAAAUGGGACAACAAGAAACCAACAUGCAAAGCUGUGACCUGCGACGCCAUCGGCCAUCCUCAGCAUGGAUCUGUGAGCUGUAGCCACGCUCCUGCAGGGAACUUCACCUUCAGGUCCUCCUGCAGUUUCACCUGUGAGGAAGGCUUUGUGAUGCAGGGGCCAGCCCAGCUUGAAUGUACUGCACAAGGGCAAUGGAGUCAGCAAGUCCCAGUUUGUGAAGCUUUACAGUGCAAAGCCUUGUCCCGCCCAGAGAGAGGCUACAUGAGCUGUCCUCCUAGUGCUUCUGGAAGUUUCCGAAGGGGGUCCAGCUGUCAGUUCUUCUGCGAAGAGGGAUUUGUCUUGAAGGGAUCCAGAAAGCUCCAGUGUGGCCCCACAGGCAAAUGGGACAGCGAGGAGCCUACAUGUGAAGCUGUGAAGUGUGAUGCUGUCCGGCAGCCCCAGAGUGGUUCAGUGACGUGUACCCAAUCCCCUACUGGAGAAUUCACCUACAAGUCUUCCUGUGCCUUCAGCUGUGAAGAAGGCUUCGGAUUACGUGGGUCAGCUCAACUUGAGUGCACCUCGCAGGGACAGUGGACACACGAAGUCCCCUCCUGCCAAGUGGUAGGAUGUUCAAGACUGGCAGUGUCGGGAAAGAUGAACGUGAGCUGCAGCGGGGAGCCUGUGUUUGGCACUGUGUGUGCAUUUGCUUGUCCUGAGGGAUGGACCCUCAAUGGCUCCGCAGCUCUGACGUGUGAUACCACAGGACACUGGUCUGGGAUGCUGCCCACCUGCGAAGCUCCCACUGAAUCCAGCAUUCCCUUGGCUGUUGAACUCACCGCUGCCGGGGCCUCCCUCAUGACGGUAGCAUCAUUAGUCCUCUGGCUUCUGAAACGCCUGCGGAAGAGAGCAAAGAAAUUUGUUCCUGCCAGCAGCUGCCAAAGUCUGCAAUCAAAUGGAUCCUACCAGAUGCCCUCUGAGCUCAUUUAAGUCCAAAGGAAUCAGGUUCCUCCAGGGAACUAGAACAAUACCCUGAAGACGGCAGAGACAGAGAGCGCUCCUCUGAUCUCUGGCCAUUCUCACCUCCCACACUCACCGCCUUGAAGCUGGGAGCAAGGCACCCAUGAGGACUUCAGCCAUCCAGACUCCAGGGAGCAAGGCCCAUCUGCCACUAGCAAGACAACCUUCUCUUUCCUGUUUUCAGUGUCUGGAAAGUACUGGCGGACCGAGGGAAAGCAUAGUCUCUUCCAGGCAAAUGUGAAGACUCCACCAUCUCAGAAUUCCUGUUCUAUCUCUCUCCCCUGCUCCCUGUGAGAUCUCCGUGGAGAAACAUAGUAUUUUGUGGUAUUGUUUCUUUCUUUUGCCCCAUAUGGUGUCCCUGCUGAUUACAUGGUUGCUGUCAUGGGGGUAAAUAAUUGUCAAGACUUUAGGGUGAACAACUUGGCAAAAGGUAUUCUAUCACCAACGUGAAAAAAAAAUGAAAAUUCUUUAAUGCCCACAGGCAAGUGCGUGAGGAAACCCUACUUAUUACUCUGCGUGAGGAGUACUAAGCACAGUCUUAAUCACUUUUAUCCCUGUGGGAUUCACUGCUUUUUAAAGUGCUGUAACAGACUGUGUUCUUUUUAUUUGCAUUGAUGAAAAUACAAUCUUCCCUAAUUCCUAAUUCAGUGUAUGUGUUGUAGGGACUUUAAAAUAUGUAUAUGUUAGGAUGAAAAUAGGGUAGAAGUAACUUAUCCCAGAUCUUUGUUCAUUCACAAUUUCUAAUGUUACAUCUGUAGUAAAAUUAUUUCAAAAAAUGGCAAAUUCUGUCCCCCAGCUAUGUACAAUGUUAACCAGUGUGAUGUUCUAAGUGUCGCUUUGAAAAACAUUAGUAUCAGUGCUAGAGAAUCUAAAUGGCACACACUUGUACACUGUCAGCUGUUUUUUCAGAGGUAGGUGGUUUUCUGUGAUGAAAAGCUUCCAUGAGGCCAAAUGAUCUGAUUUGCUAAAAGCAUAAAAGCAUAAAUGCAAAAUAAAUGAAGGUACAACUUUGAGUGUCUUUGUUGAAAAAAAAAAAAAACAUGUAGAAAUACGGACGUGCUUUGGAUUUCUCCAAAGAUGUUCAUCAGAUGCGAUGUCUCAACAUAUAAUUCUUACAUAUUACGUGAGAUUUUAAAUCCAUGAUAGGAACUCACCUUGUAAAGGAUUUGUUUGGUGGGUUUCUUAAAAAGUGCAGAUAUUGACUAUGUAUUCCCUAAUUGUCCUAUUCUGUUUGUUAGAGUGUUCAUUAAGAGAGGAAAGUCAGUAUGAGUGAGCAUAUAUAUUUAUUUAUAAGGGAGUGUAAAAUUCUUAAGGAAUCCCCAGUUACCGGUUGAUCAUUGGCAAUGAGAAAUUCUUGGCUGGUCCAUUUCCAAAGCUUCUCCAUCUUGCAAGUGAUGUGAGAAUCAAAACUCUCCCACACAUACAUUGACUUAGCACGUGUUGAAAAAAUCAAAGUUUCUGACAAAUGCGGGCUGCAUGUAAAGGCAACACCUAAAGUAAACAGGGAGGUAUGCUAAGUGUCAGAACAGUAGAGAAUUUUGAGGGGCAAAAGAACUCUGGAAAAUAAGGGAGAGAGAAAUAAACAACCAUUGCGAGCAGGCUGCCUAGGGAGUGAAUUAUUAUUUUCUCUGAAAUUGUUCAAAUAUUGUAAAUAUUUAUACUGUGAUGGAAAUAGUUGUAUGAAAUGUAAAUAUGUUAAUGGGUUUUUAAACAUAUUUUAAAUUAUGAUUUUAAAUAUUUUAUGAUUUUUUUUAAGUAUGUAUUUAUUUAAGCUUAUGCCCUACCUGUUUUGUAUGUGACAUGGCCAGCACAAAGUUUGAUAAUAAACGUGUUUAUAUUUA